AUGCAGCGCACCCCGAUCACUCCUGAGGGAAACCUAAGUAACAGAGCAACGGUCAAACCAAGUGGCUCUCGCGGGUUCAAAUCAUCCUCAGCUUCAGAAUCCGGCUCUUCUGACAUUCAGCGAACUCCAUCCGGCCCUAGCACAAUCAAUGUCCUCGAUCAUGAGUACCCCACCGACGACUACACGAACAUUCCUUCCAGCAUCCUCUCACGUCUAUCAGAGGCGCCUGUGCUUCUUAAGACGCCCGCUCAUCCUCUUAAUCUACUUCAACAGCAAAUCCAACGGCACCUUUCUUCCUUCACCUCCAUCUGGCCUCCACCCUCACCCGUCGUCACUUCUGAGCUCAACUUUGGCGACCUUGGCUUCGACGAGGAUCACCCCGGCCGAAGUCCAACCGACACGUACUAUGUGAAUCGGCAAGUGUGCUUGCGCACGCAUACUUCUGCCCAUGAGGUUGAGACAUUCAAAAAGGGGCUCGAUGCUUGGCUUCUCUGCGCGGACGUGUACCGGCGAGACGAGAUUGAUGCAUCGCACUAUCCCAUAUUCCACCAGAUGGAGGGCGCCCGCGUGUUCGACCCAACGAAAGGCGAUUAUGACGAGGGUGGAAUCGUCCUGCACGAGUGUGAGGAGAUGGAGGCGAGAUUGCGGGAAGCGGAGAUCGAGAUCGACGAUCAAGUUGACUUGCAAGAUGCUGGCGGCUGGCAGGAAAGCCACAACACGCAGCACGCGGCGCUAGCACUCCGCCAUCUAAAGGCCACACUCAACGGCCUCGUGCUCGAGCUUUUCGGCCCAAGGCAUGCCGUAGAGGCCGCAGCGGCCGCUGCAGCUGCUCAAGGUACAGGUAAAAAAGUGAACAUUGAGCCGCUCAAGGUGCGUUGGGUGUCUGCCACGUUCCCCUUCACCUCCCCAUCCUUUGAAAUCGAGGUUCUCUUCCGGGGCAAGUGGCUAGAGAUCCUGGGCUGUGGCGUCGUCAAGCAGCUCACGCUCGAUAAAGCUGGCAUACCCGGGAAGCUUGGCUGGGCGUUCGGACUGGGCAUGGAGCGCAUCGCGAUGGUGCUCUACUCGAUCCCGGACAUUCGCCUCUUCUGGAGCAAGGAUCCGCGCUUCUUGUCACAAUUUGCACUCGGAGACACUAGGCUGCUGGAAGACAAAGCAGGCCCCAUACAAACAGAUAGCGUCCGCUCUGCCGGCGGCAACGACUCUUUCUCGGCGUCUUCUGCAUCGCGCAGCAAAUCAGCCGAGCUUGUCACCUUCCGGCCGUAUUCCAAGUACCCGCCAUGCUACAAGGAUACUUCUUUCUGGCUCCCUCAAGACACGUCACCUGAAAAUGUCAGGAGCAGUCGCGCUUUCCAUGAAAAUGAUCUGAUGGAAAUCGUGCGCGAUACCGCCGGCGACCUGGCUGAGGCGGUCGAAUUGAUUGAUGACUUUACGCACCCCAAAACUGGCAAGCGCAGUCUCUGCUACCGCGUCAAUUACCGCAGCAUGGACCGGAAUCUGGAGAAUGAAGAGGUCAAUGAACUGCAUCGCCGAGCUGUCAAGCGUUUAGUGGAUGAGAUUGGCGUGACGCUGAGGUGA